GGGAGUUUGACGUGAAAGGCCGAGACGGAAGGGGUGCUCGGAGUGUGCUAAUAAAAAUCAAAUCUAACAUAAACAUCGCCAACUUGGCCGAAGCUUUCUUGUACUUCCGACUUCCGACUUCCGACACCGACCGAGGAGUCGAAGAUUUAGUCCUCAUACUCCAUUCCAUUCCGGCAACUCCUCUCAUAUCACCGUUUCCUGUUUCUUGUGUUUGAUUAUUGGAGGGAUGGGAGGCACUCAGAAGAGCUACACCACUAAUCCAAAUGAUUACAAGCUUUUAGAAGAAGUAGGUUACGGCGCCAGCGCCACCGUAUACAGAGCGAUCUAUCUCCCCACCAAUGAUGUCAUCGCCGUUAAGAGCUUGGAUCUCGAUCGCAUCAACAGCAAUCUGGAUGAUAUUCGAAGGGAAGCACAAACAAUGAGUUUGAUAGAUCACCCAAAUGUGAUAAGGGCAUUUUGUUCAUUUGUUGUGAAGCAAAAACCUUGGGUGGUGAUGCCAUUCAUGGCUGACGGUUCUUGUCUACAUCUGAUGAAAACAGCAUAUCCAGAUGGAUUUGAAGAGUCUGCUAUUUCUUCUAUCCUUAAAGAGACUCUCAAGGCAUUGGUCUAUUUGCUCACCAUGGUCACAUCCACCGUGAUGUUAAGGCUGGAAAUAUACUUCUUGACACUAAUGGAGUGA